AUGGCGUUCACGGCGGUGCUUUUCACCUUCGUGGUCCUGCCCAGGAUGUUUGGCGUCGGCGGCGGGACCGGGACCGGGACCGGGACGAAGGAACCCAGGUCUGACCCGCGCUACUCCAGGAAAGGUAGGACAGCGGCGGAAGGACCCAGCGAGGCUCCUCGCCCCACCAGCCCCACCUGCACCACCUGCACCACCUGCACCACCUGCCCCACCAGCCCCACCUGCACCACCUGCACCACCUGCACCACCUGCACCACCUGCACCACUGACAUCAUUUCAAAUCCCAAACAAAAUCUGUAUCGCGUCAUUCUUUUCAACUCGCAGAUCAAGUCUACAGACGACCAAGCGCAGAAGGACAAAUGUGCAAAAGGAGCCAACAAAUCCGUGGAAGCAGAGAACCAGUUGAACGAGCUGGAGCAACGGCUAGCGCAGACCGAGAGGAUGCUCAACUCCAUCCUCACCCAGCUGGACCCGCUCACUAACUGUGUGAAGUCGGUGGCCCAGGAUCAGAAGAACGAGAUCAUGUCUCAACUGCAGACCAUCCGGCACCUGAUGAAAAAGAGAGGAAUGGACUGCCCCCCCCUCAACCUCAACGAGGCGUCCUGCGAGCGUAACCUUGAGGACCUCAUAGAGACACUGGAAGCCAACGACACCCUGGCAGCGGACCCUUCCCCGGUGGACAAGCAGGCCUCUCGGGGCGCAGCAGAGGCCUCGGAAAAAGCCUACCAGAAGCAUCUGGAAGCUGAAGAUGAAGCCACAGCAGAAGGUGAAGAGAUGAAGCAGCUCGUACCAGAGGACGCAGACGGGGGAACAGAGGUCGAAGGGAACGUGGAGGAAGCUGGGGAGGAGGAGAACGGAGAAGAAGAAGAAGAAGAAGAAGAAGGGUUGGAGCUGGAGGGCUCCCGGCUCAUGCCUUCACUAGAGGACUCACAUGAGACAAACAUUGAGGAGGUCGGCGCUGAACAGCCCCCGCCCGGCCUCAGGCGACGCAACAGGCCGGACUAAACUCACCGCAGCCCUGUUGCACUGUACAGGAAUGUGACAGAUUAUUAUUAAUAUUUAUUAGCUGAAAAGGCUGUCGACAUACUCUCCAAAAAGAUAUAUUAUAGCCUACUGCUAAGAAUCUAUAACCUCCCGUAGAAAGCUCCUACGUAGGGCUCUGUUUUCCUGUUGCACUCACAUGAAGCCAAGUGCAUCUGCUGUUGUUGCUCCUGUAGGUGAAGUGGAUUAGGUGCUAUUUGUCCUUAGUUGCAGUACAAGUCUUUUUAUUUUUUAUUUUAACAGCUGUGCUAAUCACAGUGGCACAAGAAUGACUCACCAAGCAGCAAAUACGGCGCGUUACAAGUCUGCAGCGGAAGCAAGCUAAUCUGCCUUCUAAAGCCUAAUGUACUGGACAUUUGUGGAGGA